AUGGCGUCUUUGUCGUCGUCUUCUUCUUCUUGCAAUAGCAGGACGACGACAACGACGACAACAACCACUCAUUUGUGUUCCUGUCAUUUAGUCAUUCAAGUGGUCACUUCAACAGUUUCAAAUCCUCCUCAUCAUUUGGAUGAUGACAAUGUUGAGGAAAGGAAUCAAAAUUCUCUUAAAGAAGAUAGAAAUUGUUGCUUUGAAACGACCAUCACGACCACUACCAUUCAUCCUCUCACUAGUGAUGCAUCUUGUUCAUCUCCGAAUUGCGAUCGUAAUGAAGAAGAAGACGACAAUGAACACGACAAGGAGGAUGAAAGAAAUGAGAACUCGGAAUUGCAUUAUUUCAUCUCAGGUUCGUCCUCCGAAAUGCAAUCCUCAAGUCAGUACCAACAUCAUGAAUCAGCUCAUGAGGAACAAAAUUCAUGCUAUUAUUAUGAACCACCGAUGGAGAGUGCAAAGGAUUUUAUUUUGGAUGCUCCGAUGACCUUCUUCCAUUCAAGGUGCCAAAAAGAGUCUUCUUCAACGACCGUUCAGAGCUCUUCACAGCUCAAAGCAGCACCUCAUCAUCACAUGACAUCACUUCCAUCCUCUUCUUCAACUCUUCUUUUAGAUCACAUUCAAAACUGUGUUGUGGAAAUUUCUGACCACGACGCAACAAGCAAAAAAUCUCUCUUCAAACAUCCAGAACGAGUUUUUACUUUAUUUAAUGUCACUUCCAUUGUAUUUAUGGUCACAUUAUUACUUGAUUUUUAUGGACCUCUCUUUUCACCUUCAUUUCUUUUUCAAACGAUUGCAGUAUGCGUUUUUGGAAUGUAUAGUGUCUACAAUCGAAGACAAGCCAUGAUUUCAUUCUAUGCAAUUUUUAUUUCAAUUUCAUUUGCAAUUACUCUUUCGGAAACUUUAUUACUCACUUGUUAUGGUCAUAGCAGUUCGGGGCUCAUUCUUCAUAUAAGUAAUUGGUUUCAUUUGAUUCGAUUCUUAUUGACCUUGGUACUUUCUCUGUCAUUAUUGAUUGCUUCAUUUCAUAUUCGAGUGGAGGUCGCUCGAUUGAACGCACUCCGACGACAAUUUAUUGCGUCAUGCUUUGACAAUAAUGGAUAUGGCAUGAAGAAGAAUUAUCAGAUACCACUGUUACAACAAACGCAUUUUGAAGCUCACCAAGGUGAAGACUUGUUUGUAACACAGAACAAGGUGUGA